AGCUGUCAAACAAAAUUUCGGCACGGAUCGCUGUGCGGAGUCACAAUUGUUUUGAGCGUCUUCCAGUGCAGUACGGUUCUUUUGUGCUUGUUGGAUUCGUUAACGCUCCCAGCGUCAAGUCGUACGGAAAGCGGUAAUCAUCUCGCAAUCAGUCACCGCCAUCAACUAGAAACCGCCAACAUCCACCGUCGCCUGUACCGUAAAACCAACCAGCCGAACGAUGUCUUCCCGUAAAACGGCCGGACGGCGUGGAACGACGAAGAAGCGUGCCCAGCGCGCCACAUCCAACGUGUUCGCGAUGUUCGAUAAGGCGCAAAUUGCCGAAUUCAAGGAGGCGUUCAACAUGAUCGACCAGAACCGGGACGGGUUCAUUGAGAAGGACGACUUGCACGACAUGCUGGCGUCGCUCGGGAAAAACCCGACCGAAGAGUUUCUCGACGGCAUGAUGAACGAGGCACCGGGGCCGAUCAAUUUCACCAUGUUUCUCACGCUGUUCGGCGAGCGGCUCCAGGGCACGGAUCCGGAGGAAGUGAUCAAAAACGCGUUCGGUUGCUUCGACGAGGAGAACAGCGGCGUCAUGCACGAGGACAGGCUGCGUGAACUGCUGACAACGAUGGGAGAUCGUUUUUCCGACGAGGACGUCGACGAGAUGUUCCGCGAAGCACCGAUCAAGGACAGUCUCUUCGACUACAUUGAGUUCACCAGAAUCCUCAAGCACGGGGCCAAGGACAUGGACGAGCAGUAAACACCGGUAGUCGCUUUCAUUCGUUCUCUUAAUGCACCACGUAAUUGAUAAAAAACUAACCUUGAGCCCGCUGCAACAUAGUUUGUUAGCGCUGGAGCUACAUUUACCUUUGAUUCCAUUUCCAUACAAAUACUUGCAUUUAAUUUUCAAUUACAUUUCAUUUGCAUACAAGAUGACUUUCUGGCAUUCUCAAGUGGGAGGUCUUUACUAGACUAGCGCACAAUCGCGCAGCGCAGCACAGCGCAGCCGCCUUUCCCAAUCCGCGUACACGCUAAUAAAUUCGAGUGUUAUAAACUUUCGGUAAUAAAACGUACCAUUCCCCAUGUUCAUUGAACCGAUAUUCAUCAUUUCUGUUCGAAGAAAAGCAACCAGGAAAGAGAGCAGGGCUUGAAUUGGUGAAGGUUU